AUGGAAACGGCCGAACUGCAGGAGAGGCAGCAUGCCUGGCGGUGGCCUCUGGACGCCAUGGCCUGCAGCAGCGGCAGGUGUUGCCUUCAGCUCGAGUGGGAUCCGCAGCUGAUCAGGUACUUCGGCGGCCUAGGCGUGCUGGGCGUCGGCGGCGGCGGUAAUCCUGACGAUCAUGGUGCCAUCGAGCACGAGCUCGGGCUCUUCUUCCCCAAGUGCAUGGAGUUGCCGGGUUCUUCAGAGCCGCCGCUGGACGAUGUGAUGGAGUGGUCCGGGGAGCAGUUGGAAGAACUGAUCCGAAAUUUCCCCAUCCUAGACGAGGAUCUGGUAGGCUUCGAUCCCAGCUGCUUUCUCGAGGAUACAAGCACCGCUGCUGAUGCUUCUUUCCUGUGCAAGAAUUCGAAUGCAGGGGUUGACGGUCUUCUGGCCCCGAGCUCUGCCACACCGGUGGAGCCGCCCACAUUGCCGGUGGCGCAGCCGGAGCAGCCUCCCCUCAGCUCGACCACGUCCAAUCGCCACGGCGACCAACAGCGCCAGAUCACUAGCGCCAACUGUUCUUCCAAACGCUCGACGCCACAAGAAACAGAGCAGGAUGGAGGGAGCGGCAAGAGGCGCAGGAAGUCAGGGCUUACGGUGGUGCGCCCGUUCUCGGUGGUGAAGCCCGGCCCCCGCGGGGUGGACGGCGUCGAGACGCUGGCCGACAUCAACGAGCGGAUCCUGACGCCGUCGGCGAGGCCCGUCCGGCACCCCGUGGGGGAGUUCGCGUGCGCCCCGCGCGCGUCGGCGGGCGGCGACCGGCCGGCCCCGUCCGGCAAGGCAGUCACCGGUUUCACCAGGUUGCACACCGCCCGGAAGGGCACGAUCACCGUCAUAAGGUCAUCUGGAUAA